AUGAGUCAGCCCAACCGUCAAGGACAGGGAAAUCCUCAGCAAAGUGCACAAGGGGGCCAGGCACCUGCGAUGAUUCAGCCUGCGCAAGCCACAAGCCUCCUUCGUGUACUCAAGGAACAACUAGAGCAAGCCAGACAGUGCACAGAUCCUGCCGAGGCCAGGCGCUACUACGCAAAAGCUGAGCAAAUAAAGCUGAUACUCAUGAACUAUCAAAGACAGCAGAAGGCUGCGGGAGCGCGUGCUCAGGGUCAAGGUCAGGGGCAGGCGGCUUCACAAGCUCAAGGAAGCCAAGUAGCUCAAGGCCAGGCUGGAGGAGGUCAAGGAAGACAAUUGGCCGGUAAUUCACAGAUGUUAGGACAGCAGAGAGCGGGCAUGGGACAAGGACAGAGCGCACCUCAGAGUCAGGGCCAGUCUCAAGCAAUGAAUCAACAGCAACCUCAGCUGCAACAAAUUGGUGGACAAGCUCGUGGUCCUGGAAUGGGUAAUAUGCAACCUUUGGGUGGUAACGCUCCAGCAACACUGGGAGUGAGACCACAAGGCACAAUUCCUAGCUCUCAAGUUACUCCAGAAAAGUAUCAACAGGUAAGACAGAGAAUACAAGAAGUUGAGAAAAAGAUUCAGGGCUUGGAGGCAGCGAAAAGAGGACAGUUGACCCCCGAACAAAGAGCACAGGUCGAUAGUCAGCUCACUGAAUGGCGAAACAAGUAUGCUCAGUUUCAAAGAUUUGCGAAUAUUAUACGAAGCCAAUUGAUGGAGAAGAACCGUCAGAAUAGUGCCGUUCAAGGAGGCUCCGCUGGCACUGCCGGGCAAACUGGUGCCAUGGGUUCGGGAAAUGUCGCUGAUCCAGGUAUUAACAUCCAAGGGCUGGCGUCAAGCCCUACGGUCCAAAAUGCGUCUGUUGCAGCUGCGACAGCAGCUGCUCAAAAUGCAGCACAGAGACCUUCAGUCACGCAGCAAAACAUGGGUGGUGCUGGGUCUCCACCAAUGAACCGUGGCGGUUCCCCUGCAGCCUACUCGCAGGUCAAAGCAACAAGUGGAUCUCCAGUCCCAGUGGGUGCGCCAACUCCAACAGCUGGAGCGGGAACUGGAGCUCCUGGUACCGCAAAUAGCGGAAUGGGUACCCCGGCUCCACAAGGCUCUGCAGCGGCUGCAAAGGGGAGAGAAUCGUCCCCAGCGGCCUCUACCAAGGAGCCUGGCGUCCCCGGCGUCAAUCUCUCAGGUAUCACAAAGCCUAGUGUGCCAUCUAUGCCAAUUCUGAGUACUAUCAACGUCAAGCAACCAGCUCCCGUGACGCUAAAACCAGGAGCCAAUAAUGUUCGCCCAACUUUGACAGGCGGCGGUGCUUCUGGCUUGGGUCAAAUCAUGGGUACCCCGGCAAUCACAAGAAUGCCAACCUAUGAUAUGGCUACUACUUCUGCUGCUACCCUCACCGACAACGGAGGCCGUGUGUUGACCAAGAGAAAAUUGAGCGAGCUCAUUAAUACGAUCGGCGCAGAUGAAGGAGACGGAAGAACUACGAUAGAUGGAGAUGUAGAGGAACUACUCUUGGAUCUCGCUGAUGAGUUUAUAUCCUCGGUUACGACAUUUGCGUGCCGCUUGGCCAAGCACAGAAAAACAGAUUCUGUUGAUGUCCGAGAUGUACAAUUACAUCUCGAACGCAAUUGGAACAUUCGUAUUCCUGGUUAUGCCAUGGAUGAGAUCAGGAGUAUGAGGAAAUGGCAACCAAGUUCAUCAUAUAACCAGAAGGUCUCUGGCGUGGAGAUUGCGAAGGCUAUCAACGGUAACAUGAAUUAA